CUGGGGGCAAUAGCGAACGAAACGAAGGGUGGUGAAAGUUCCCCGGAACGAAGAAGUGAUCUGGAGGAUGGCGACGAUGGUACCGAUAGCCCGAGCCCACCGGCAACCGGCUUUCAGCGACAUAAUUCGCUCACACGUAAACAGGCAGCAACGCUGGCCGCAAACCGAGCGAAAGCGAACCAACAGAAUCUGCAACAACGGCACGCGGUCACACUAGCAACGCUGCCACCACCGAUCGAAGCCGAUUCCGAUGAAACCGACUCGUGGGCCCAUCCGCUACAGGCGAGCAUUGGUGGCGUUCCGAUGGUCGGACACGGUCUUGCGGAAGGUCCCGGUAUGGUUGUUCUGGCACCACCGCCCGAGUUCAGUGACACGACCUCCGUUCCUUCGCCGGCUGUCAGCGUGAACCUGCAAUCGCACCAUUCCCACCACCAGCACCAUCAACAUCAGCACGUCCAUCAUCACCAUCAGCACACGGUAGCGGGAGGGAGUACGGGUGCGAUGGUUAUCGGGGGCCACAAUCCAAACUGUAAACGAGUACGUAUCGUUGGUGCGGUACCGAAGGUGAACCGCAUGAACAGUCAGUGAAUUCUGCGGGGAAGCAGAAGGAGGAUAUGCUUUUCUUAUGCGUACCUCCCUUUAUCUGAAUACUGUAUAUUUAUAUUUCUGUAAAAAAAAACACACACACAUACACAUCCAGGUCGCGAUCCUAUCUCGCCGAUCCUCCGAGAGAAGCAGAAUGAAAAAUACUUUCAACUUUUUUCCUAAUCGUUCUCUUGCUCGCGUCCUGCUAUUCGAUAGCGAUAAGCGGGCACCUUGGAGGACCAGGAAUGAUGUUGAGAUUCGUUUUUUUUGCUUGCUAUGCAAUGGAGCCACUCCGGUGCAUCUUGAUGUGGUGGUUCUUCUGGAAUUUAGGAUAAGAAUUCACGUACGCUUUUAUGGUACUUCUCUCUGGGUUUGCUUAUUCGUAUUUCAUUUUCUGCUACCAAACAUACACACGUACACGUGCACACGCAGUCACUCAUGUUUCCAGAAUUUUAUGUAACCGCUGCUCGAGUAAGAAGAAUCCCCCAAUCAUCCCCACUGCUAUCGGUCCUGGUUUUUUCCCGGUGCGCUUAUUAAUUACAUUAAUUAACAAAGUCAAACCGCGUCGCGUCUCACGGGGAAAAACGGGGUUGCGGCCAGCUCUAGCAGAGUCAGUUUACUAAUUUACUGUGCAUACACACAUGCGCACAUAUCUACACACGUGCGAGAAGAGCAGGAUAAAACGGAACAGGAAGUGGAUUUUUAGUAAACCUUUUGAGAAAGAGAUGAAGUGCGAGAAGUGAAGAUUUGUGAUUAUUUAUAAUAUCCUUUUACGGCGAGGAACGCGCAGCGAGAUGAAUUUGCGUGUGCUUGUAGGUUUGUAAGUGUGUCGGUGUGUAUGUAUUUGCGUAUGUGCGUUAAUCUAUGAUAAGGAAUGUAGAACGUUUCUUUUAACUUGUUUGGCUUUAGUGUGUAGCGUUAAGUACGAGUGUAUCUGUGUGCUCCGUAUGUGUUGUGCAUUUGUGUGGGUGGGUGUGUAUGUGUGUAUGCACAUGAGAGGUCAUAGUGCGGUGGGUUUUCUUUUUUAUACACAUACGAUUUAAACGAACACGCCAAUACAACACACAAUUGUUGCCAAACAAGAAACAAUCAACAAGCCGCGUCCGAUCGCUGUUGUGUUGUGAUGUGCUUGAGGGAUUGCGAUCAUGCCGAUAAAAUCAUGCACACAGUACAGAAGUUCGAAGAGUGUGUAUUUUGUCAAGCACCGCCAGCACAACGACUAGAAACUACUGAGAAAAAACUACCCUACUACCUAAGCGAUCCUUCCAGAGUGGUGGAGUGCAACAAAAACACACCGCAAACCCCCAAUCACAACCCCACACAGUCAACUAAACAAUGUUUUUAAAUUCAAGUGUAAACGCAAGCAUACCCCAUAGAGUUUGUACUAAGGUAGAGGAUAGGCAAUGGGUAUUGCUGGGGGAUAUUGCACUAGUGUCGGUACAGCAAAAACCGCGCAGAAUAGUAAUAACGGUAGGCGGGAAAGGAAGGAAGAAGAUGAACAAUAGCGGAGAAUAUAAAGUUAAGGAUAAGCUAAGCUAAUUUUGUCUACAAGUACAUAAGGAAGCAACUCGUUUUUUUCCAUUCGAUAAAGCUAAAAACAGCAUUUGAAACAACAUUAUUAACAGGAUACACCGAGCAGAGGAAGACUCACUAAUAGCAAUGGCUAUAGCCACACUCUGUACACUAUUGCUCUGAGUGCGCACUGCAAUAUCACACCGAAGGGCGCACCGAAGCUGCGGCUGCAAGAUGAAGCAAAUGAAUGGAAUUUGACAACCCGAAUCGCCAUAAACGAACUUAACGAAGUUAAUGCAACUGUUUGAAAUGAAGAAUAGAUACUAACCAUUGGCGAAUGAGAAGGCGAAAGUAUAGUCCACAACAAAACCACUCAAAGGUUAAGCACACACAAGAAUCCGAUACAAACUCACCCAAAUCCAUUGCUGCACGUAUGUUCCAGUACGAUCAAGGUGUAGCACCCAUUAAACGCUAUAGGAGAACCACAUCGAACUAGAUGUUUAUGUGCGUCAGCGAUGGGGAGAGUCAGCGCCAGAGAAAAUUGAAAUACAAAAUUACGGAUUGUGGCGAAGUAUUCGGGAGGGUAAUUAAAUAAAAGCAGGACAACCGAACCCAUUUAAGAACCGCUUGGAGGGGCGGGCGGCAUUUGAAACCUCAUAGUCUAUUUCAUUCAGAAGCGAAAACAGUCCAUUAGUCAAUAUAUCCUCCCAAUCCAUCUCUCACCCCUGAUCGAGCGCAUUAGUUCGUAGCGCAGCGCAGCUUAAGCGGCUCGUACCGCUAGCUCGGUUGAAUACCGACCUAGAACUAGACAAAUGUUCGAAUAGAGCGUAGUUUCAAGCAAGGGCACCUUAUCUUGCUUACGCGAAACGGUACCGAAAUAGCGAAGCAAAUACGACGAACGAUUAGAAAAACAAAACGCCCCAUCGAUAAAGCGAUCUUGACCGUACCACAGAGCCAUUAGUAAAUAGUUCCAAGCGCGGAAACAAAAAUUAAAUAGCGGCCUAUGGGUGCAAAAAGUAUCUCGCGCCAAACCGCGCCAUUUACCGCUCAGCGAAACCGAUCACACAGCAGCAAGCAGCGCGCGACUCGACGCGGUAACUAAUUCCUCAGCUAAUCCAAUCAUCCACUAUGCAAUCCAAACUACACGCAUACGUCAAUGGUAUUGAUUAUUCCCACGAUUAGUAUGGUAUUGAAAUAAAAGCAAGAUAAUGAAGCAUACGAAGGUGAAAAUGCA